AUGGCAUCUACAGAGACUCUCAUAGAUGCGCCUCCCUCCAUCAGGAUACAACUCGGCAUCAUCCCCCAGGAACAGACUCCAGCCCGUUCACGAUCGUGGCUCAUUGAUACACUUCAGAAUCUUGACGCCAACUCAUUCUCCAGCGAAGCAGAACGUGUUCGUGUCCUAGAUGGACUAAACCUCGCCGUCAGCAAAGUCCAGAGACCAUGGGAUAUUGUCUGGCAACAUUGCUGGGUCAAUUUGACUACGAAUGCAUGUGUCAAGACAUUAAUUGAUGCUGGUGUUUUUACAACGUGGAUUGCGAACGGGGGCGGAAAUAUGACUUCUACUGAGCUAGCUGAGCUAACCAACACUGAUCCUAUCUUGAUUCGUCGCAUGAUUAGGCAAAUAGCUGGUCAGAAUCUCGUCACUGAGACUGCCGAGGAUACUUUCAAGCCUACGCCUUGGGUGCAUACCCUUGUCGCCGAUCCAGCACUCGCCAAUGUCUACGGAGCUCUAUACAACUUUGUCAACAUUCCCACGUUCAGCGCGCUUCCAGAGUAUCUCAAACAAACCGGGUACAAGAACCCUUCAGAUUCCAACAACUGUAACUGGCAAUUCGCGAAUAAGUGCCAAGAGAACGUAUUCCAGUCUCUUGCUCUCAACCCGACUGCUGCGCAGGAGUUCAACGACGCGAUGGAAAGCCACUCCAAGUAUAACCUCACGCCUUGGCCGGAGGUGUACCCCACUGAGAAUCUAGUCGCCGAUCCCAAGCCGGAUCGGCCGCUGGUAGUCGAUGUUGGUGGAAGUAAAGGUCACGACUUAAUCAAGUUUUACAACUGCCAUCCUGACAUCCCAGAGGGUAGCCUGGUCCUGCAAGACUUACCCGAGAUCCUGAGUGAACUGGCUAUUCCGGAUAACAUCACCGUGCAUCCCCAUGACUUCUUCACUCCCCAACCCGUCAAAGGUGCACGAGCCUACUUCCUUCACAACGUCUUGCAUGACUGGGAAGACAAGCAAGCAAGUCUGAUCAUCAAACACCUCGCUGAUGCUAUGGAACCCGGCUACUCAAAGCUUCUCAUUCAUGAGAGUUUGGUCAGCAAUGUCAAGCCGCUUGCGCGGGUUACUACGUCAGAUAUUACUAUGAUGGCUUGUCUGGGUGCGAAGGAAAGAACAGAGGAUGAGUGGUGCCAGCUGGUGGAAGGGGUUGGACUGAAGGUGGUCAAGAUCUGGAGACCACUCCAAUCCGUUGAGAGCGUUAUUGAAGCAGAGGUUGCAGACUGUCGUUUAUUGAACAAGCUGGAGCUAUAA